GAACCUUUUCAUUCUAUACAUAAGACACUGAGAAAAAAGAAGGGAAAAACAAAGGAAACACAAUGAAGUUCUUGUUCCAGUGCCCUUGUUGCUCAUGUUUCUGCUUCUUGAAGCCUCAGAAGGGAAAGCCUAAAGUGAAGGAUACCAAAGAAGCGAAGGUAACGAAGGAAGAAAAGGACAAAGGAGACAAAGCAGUCAAGGCAGACAAAGCAGACAAAGCAGAGUGACACCAACAAUGGAAUCCUGUUCUGCAUUUCCCUUUUCUGCAUAUCUAAUUAUUUCAAAAGAAGGAAAAUGACUUGACAAUGCCAUGGUUGUCUGUUUUUGCACUUGUAUUCUUCAUCACUUUAGCCUCUGGCCAUAACAUCUAGGAGAACCAUAUUUAUAUUCUUAACAAAAACCAUCACCCUUUUUUUCCUCCAUCAUCAAAAUGGAGAAUUCUCAUAGAUUUUUCUCCCUUUUCUUAGUUUUCUUUUCUUGUUUCCUUUCGUUCUCUUAUGGAUAUGAUUU